CUGGUUUUUUUAGUAUUUUUGGAAGGUUCUUCUAUUAAAGGAAGCUAGAUUCAUGCACCUUCGGGGGCUACCGAACUUUGCGAUUUUAAACUGAAAACAUAUGUGCUAAGCUCGUGUAUAAUCUAACUAGUAGGGUAUCAUGUGCACCUAAUUUUUUUGUCAAUGAACGAUGUAUCACCUUAGAGUAUCUCCAUCAAAGGUUAUAAACCAUAUCUUAAGAGUUGCUUAAGUUAAAAAAUAAAUCAUAUUAAUAAAAAAAAACAAAUUUACCUUAGGAUCGAUGCUUAUGUUAGAUGUUUUAGAGCAACUAAGGACCGAGGUUGUGUCGACAUCUGAUUGGCUGGGGAGAAAAAUGAUUUUUUUUUCUUACUCUCGUUUGUAUCGCUCUCUCUCUCUCUUUCUCAGUUUGCAAUUCAGAGAGAAUGGUUUGGAUUGGCUUCGAUUUCUCUGGUUUCUUCUUCUAUCAUCUUUGGUUCUGCUCUCAUCUCUCCCUUCUACAAUCACCAGCGGUAAUAUCAUUCAUCAAGACAAUUCUGAACCACGUUGAUCGGAAACAGAGUUCCAAAACUGGAGGUCGGCGAAAGAGGCUCCAGUUUUUGAUGGAAGAUAGUGUGGUUGAUGAUGUUAUAAAGAGGUUACUAGGAGCGAAAGAGGCUCCUAUCAAGAUUUGUGAUAGGAGAGCUUGGUUGGUUUUGUAAAAAUGCGUAUGAAUCUGCUGCUUUGUGUGGGGAUUGAGCUCCUUGAUACGGAACUUGGACAGCUAUGUAGUGUCAUAAUGGAGCCAUUGAGGGAUCGUGUAGUCACCAGCCUUCUUCAAGCAUCACUGGAUGGAUUGCUUCGCGUGAUAUUAGAUGGAGGCUAGUCACGUGUAUUCCAUCCAAACGAGUCAAAGCUGUUAGAAGAAGAUGUAGAGGUCUUAAAGGUAACUAAACACGGAUAUAUACUACAUUUCAACUCCUUGGUCUCUUCAAUCGGUAUGUCUCUUUGUCUUUUUGGUCUUUCGGCUAUUUGCAUCAUAAAUUUGUAUCAUUAAAUUGAACUAGAACUGUUAGGUAAUUGUCACACUUAAACACUCAAUGUUUGUACUUGAUUGAUUGCUUGUUAUGUCACAAUUAAACAAGCAUUGUUGGUUGUUGUCACAGUUAAAAACUUAUUGUCUAGUGUUAGGUUAUACUCAAUGUUUGGUAGUUGUCAUUAAUUGCUUGUUAUGUCACAUUUAAAAACCAAAUACACUUACAUCUCACCUCUAGUUAUAUAUUAUGUGUUUGGAAACCGCUAAACACAUACCUUUCUUCUCCUUUACACACCUAAACAGACCAUCAAUCCUUCUUUAUUCUCGGUCCUCUUUUAAACACAACCCAGAAACUUGCCUAUGGACCCAUUUAGUGAAGAUCUAGGUUUUAUGGACCUCUUAACUAGUAAACAAGAAAGCCACACUCUUCAAACCCAUUCGGAUGCUGAGGAGGGCCCUGUAGGUGAAAAGAAAUCAAAGGAGCGUAGAAGGAAGUGGUCACACACAGAAGAUGUGGUCCUCAUCGGUGCUUGGCUUAACACUAGCAAGGAUCCAAUUGUUGCUGUCGAUCAAAAAUUUGGUAGUUUUUGGUCACGGAUUGCAAUUUAUUAUGCUGAAAAUCCUAAGCUAGUUGGUGUAGAGAAGAUGGCAUCUUCUUCUAAGAACAUUGAAGAAAUAAUGGAUGAGUAUUUUGAUCAUGCAAUGGACAAUUAUUUUGAUCAAGCAUUCGAGAAUCGUUUUGAUCAUGCAAUGAAUCAGUUUGCACCCGAGAAGAAGAAACGAGUCCACAUUGAAAGAAAACGUGAAGAGGGUCACCAACGCUUAUGGGAUGAUUAUUUCCGUGAAGAUGCAACAUAUUCUCCUAAAAUCUUUCGUCGCCAUUUCAGAAUGAACAAACCCUUGUUCAUGCGGAUCGUCGAACGACUCUCAACUGAAGUUCCAUACUUUGAACAAAGAAGAAAUGGUCACGGAAGGCUUGGUCUCUCUGCAAUACAAAAGUGUAUAGCAGCCAUUCGUAUGAUGGCAUAUGGUGCUGCAGGAGAUUCAUUUGACGAAUAUCUCCGGCUUGCUGAAAGCACUACGUUGUUAUGUUUGGAAAAGUUCACUGAAGGAAUCAUUCAUUUAUUUGGAUAUGAGUACCUACGCAGACCCACAACAGAAGAUCUUCAACGACUACUCAAUAUUGGAGAGAACCGCGGAUUUCCUGGAAUGAUAGGUUCCAUUGAUUGUAUGCAUUGGGAGUGGAAGAAUUGCCCGACUGCAUGGAAAGGUCAAUAUACCCGUGGAUCUGGAAACCCAACAAUUGUUUUAGAGGCUGUAGCUUCACAAGACUUCUGGAUAUGGCAUGCAUUUUUUGGAGCCCUAGGUACAUUAAACGAUAUCAACAUUCUCGCUCGCUCACCAGUUUUUGAUGACAUAUUACAUGGUGUAGCUCCCAGAGUGAAAUAUAUUGUCAACGGACGACAAUAUCAUAUGGCUUACUAUCUCACCGAUGGUAUUUAUCCUGACUGGGCUACUUUUAUCCAAUAAAUUCGAAUUCCACAAGAUCCGAAAGCAUCCUUAUUUGCUACAUAUUUGAAAGCAUCCUUAUUCGAGCGUGCUUUUAGAGUCUUGCAAGCUCGAUUUGCCAUAGUCAAAAACCCAGCUCUUUUGUUGAAUAAGGUAAAAAUUGGAAACAUAAUGAAAGCAUGUAUCAUAUUGCACAACAUGAUUGUAGAAGACGAACGUGAUGGGUAUACUCAGUAUGAUACGGCUUCAUUUGCACAAGACGACUCAAACAGAACUUCACAAGUUGAUUGUCCGCAUUCUACAGAUAUCCCUUCAAAUCUCACCAAUAUGAUGGGAAAUGUGAUGACCAUUCGAAAUGAAGUUCAUGAUAAAAAACUACAUGAUCGGUUGAAAGCGGAUUUGGUUGAGCAUAUAUGGAAAAAAUUUGGCACAAAUCAAAAUUAAAAUUAAUCAUUUUGUAAUCUAUUUUUAAAAUGCUUUUAUGCCAUGUUU